GUUUAUUAACUAUUAACUAGCUUGAAAGUAGACUAAGCUAAAUAAACAAAAAUGUUGAGAACGUGCGGUAUAUCUGAUAUAAGAAUGCAAAAAGUUUCAAGAAUGAAGGUUGGUCGUCGUCUGCUCAAGAGAAAUGUGAAAAUUUUAAAGGAAAAAAAUGUUUUCACUUUGUUUCAGGUCUUUUUGGCAACUUUGCUUCUCGGGCUUGUAGCUCUAGCGACAUCAUUCCCUCAGCUCGGUGAACACAAUCAUCACGGCCAUGUGGAUAUCGACUAUCACGCUCCCGCUCAUUAUAAAUUUGACUAUUCCGUCCACGAUCCUCACACCGGGGAUGUCAAGUCGCAAUGGGAACACAGAGACGGUGACAACGUCAAAGGCUCGUACACCAUCCACGACCCUGACGGUUCUUUGAGGACUGUCGAGUACCACGCUGACAAGCACAACGGCUUCAACGCGAUAGUCAAGAAGCACGGACAUUCUCACCAUCCUCACGUCUACGGCCAUAAAGAUAACGUUUGAUCAAAUUUUACCUGUUUUUUGACUUUGACACUCGUUACUAUCAAAAAUCCAAGCAUUUGUUUGUAUUCACAUGUUAUUUUUUAAUAAAAAAAGUUAAAUUUUA